GUGGUCGUCCGAAGAAUCCUUAUCUUUCUGCCAGGAGCAAGCAUCUCCCCAGACUCAGCCGAGGAAACAGUUCUUGUUGGCGAUGCAGUGCCUUGGGGCUCGCAAGUUUUAUGUUUUGAAACAAGUGUCCCACCACCCGCUUUCAGGCGGCAUACUGUCCAUGUGAUGAGAUAUGUCUAAGUGCCCCCUCCCGCUUUGUCCAGCGGUUGGGCUGUGCCACAAGGACAAAAGUACUAAAGGGUGGGGGUUGAAAUGGACGAAUUGACUCAGUCCCGACCUUCAAGCCUAUUUGAUACGCCACAUCCCCGGUCCAUAUCGUGCCGCUCUACCGUACGCGCUGCUCUCUGGCGUCUUGCGCUCUGUUAGCUACCUGAACAUCUCCCGAGUGAAAUGCCCUUGUCGCGCGCUGUACAUUACCUCGAUAACAUCCAAUAUUCUCCGAUAUCUGCAAAGCCUUUUCCCAGGAAUCUCAUUGUCUUAGUCUUUGAAGGACAAAGAGCUGGAUAAGGGGCUUUUUGAGUUACCAUGGACCCCUUUUCAAUCACCGUUGGUGUUGUGGGCCUUUUGGACGUCACAUACCGCAUUGGUUCCUACCUCAAGCAAAUCAAAAGCGCCUCCACGAAGAUUCAAGACGAGAUCGACACCUUAACGAAUGAAAUAGAAGCUCUGAAUAUGGUUAAUGACUCGGUACAGGGAAUGUGGAAUAUCAAAUGUGAGGCAACUGGUUUUUAUAUCUCUGACGAAACGACCUCAAUGGUGGACAGUCUUUGGAGUAAUAUGGGUUUAGUCCUACAAAAAACCAAGAACACCAUUGUGCAGCUCGAGGGUUUGCUCAAGGAGGUUCUCGGCAAGAAAGGCGCCCUCACGCCCAACAGACUGGAGAGUUUCAUGGCACUCAUCCGCAAAGAGGAGCGCUACAGCGAUUACACCCAGGUCCGUCAACGUCUGACAAACUACCAGGCGGGUAUGCAAAUGCUAUUACUUGCCCUGAACACCUAUUACACGCGUAAAGGCCAUUCCGACAACGAUGUUGCUCUUGGAAAUCUUUCGGAGCAAUUGCACCGUCAAAAUAUGAGCCUACGACGCCAAGUCGCCAGGCUUCGUCAGUCGCUUCAAGGCGCUUCUGAUUCAGAUGACCUUGUUGACUCUCUCCGGUCUGCCGACGCAGUGGCAUCCAGCAUCAGGUUCAACAAGCAUUUCGACGUGCCUCAAAAUAUCAGCAGCUGCUACACGGGUCGACUGAAGGAGCUGGAUGAACUGAAGGCUAUACUUAAGGUCCACCAAUCCCGUGAGCGUCAAGAUCACCAAAAGCGGUUCGUCAUAUAUGGACUUGGCGGCUCUGGAAAGACUCAAUUCUGUUGCAAAUUUGCACAAGACAAUAGGGAACAUUUUUGGGGGGUCUUCUGGAUAGACGCCAGUUCGGAAGAGACUGUCAAACACUCUUACGCACGAAUUGCCAAAGUAGGCGGGGUUGAACCCAACGAGAAUGCUGCCAAAAAUUGGCUUUCCACCUUACAGCAACCGUGGCUACUUCUCGUCGAUAAUGCUGAUGACCCCGAAGUUGAUGUUAUACGCUAUCUUCCAAAAGGCGAAGGAGGCGUUGUGCUCAUCACAUCUCGCUAUUUCGGCAAUCGGAGACAUGGCACGGAAGGUUCUCGAUUUUUCCACUUCACGAAAUUAGGGAUCGAAGAGGCUAGCGACCUCAUUUUGGCUGUAGCAGAUAUGCCACGCCCUUGGGAAGCCGCAAUCAGGAAAUAUGCCGAUCAAAUUGCAGAAUAUUUGGGCUAUUUGCCUCUUGCGCUUGUCCAUGCCGGAAAGGCGAUUUUGGACCGGCUGUGCACCUUGAAUGACUAUUGUGACUGGUAUGAUCGAUCGUGGAAAAAGAUACGACAUACUAGAAGUCGGAGUCGUUCCGGUUCUUGGGACCGUGAGAAGGAAAAUGCGUCCAAUAUGAUUGUGUAUUCGUCAUACGAGAUUAUCUAUGUCGGCCUCGAAAAGAAAAAGGACCAGCAAUCAAGAGAUGCCCUGGACCUUCUGAGAGUCUUCUCAUUCUUUCACUGGGAAAAUAUUGAGCUUGAUCUGAUCAAAGCAGCUGCCAUGAAUCCUCGCCGAGAACGUGAGGCCAUACGCCUCAAUGCACGUACGGGAAACGCAAAAAUCUUCUACCAAAGACCCAAGACAUGGAAAAAGGCGUUUCAAGAAUGGGUCAUUGCAAUUAUUGAGCCGUUGACGAAAACUAGUCCUAUUCUACCGGCAGUCUUGACUGAUAAAGAUGAGGAUGAGGAGGCGUUCGACGAAGACCGGCUACGCAGUGCAUUAUCUCUGCUCGUCCGCCUUGGCAUGUUGACGCUUCACGAUGAAAACAACAGCUAUUGGAUGCAUCCACUGGUCCACACGUGGGUACGACUGAGACCCGAGACUAGUACUGCUGAGCAAGCUGUUUGGUGUCACGCAGCCGCCACUGUGUUGGUACAGUCGAUCUUUCUCCAGGCUCCGAAAGGCUAUGAGGGUCAGGAUGAGAGAUUCAAGAGAGCAAUCCUUCCGCACGUGGAAAACGUGCGAAGGUUCCAGGAAGAAAUCAACAAACACUUCGAAGACAACCAGAAGAACCUUCGCCGGCUUUGGCCAUUAAUGUGGCUAACACCCCGACCAGGCUUUGGGAGAGCACAGGCGGUACAAUAUGUCAAGUUCAGUUUAGUCUACCUCCAAUGCGGGGAGUGGAUUAAGGCAGAGGAGCUUCAGCUUCAAGUAAAGGAUUAUGUGUACUCGAAUCUAGGGCCUGACUCGGAAGCUGGAGUGGCAAUUGCACUGUUAUUGUCCAAGGUCUAUGCCUUGCAGACCCACAACAACAAAGCGAGAGAACUACAGUACCAAGUCCUCCAAUCUGCCAAGAACUACUUUGGUCCAGAUCACCCGAGAACCUUGGAAGUCAUGGACGCUCUUGGGUCCACAUGUCAAGUGGGCAGCAGGCUUCGGGAGGCUCAAGGGCUGCACGAAGAAGUCAUCCAGAAGCUAUCGACGCUAAAAGGCUACGGCCCAGACCAUGAGGCUACUUUGACUGCUAUCAGUAAUCUUUCCAAAGUGAAGCUUCGGCAUUUCGAUCAUAAAGAGGCGUUCGAGCUUCAAUUACAAGCCUUUGAGGGGUUGCAGAAAGUCCUGGGUCCAACGCAUCCAAAAACUCUGGAGGCCAAAGAUGACCUUGUGGCUAUUUACGGAUUUAUCGGCGAGGAGCAUCUAUCACUGGCCCUUCAAAUGGGCGAAGAAAAUAUGCAAAUUCGGAUCAAAACACUAGGUCGUGAGCACCCUUUUACAUUGAAGUCUCGGUUGAACGUGGCGAAGAUCCAGACCGCGAUGAAUCAAUUUGACGAGGCCGAGCAACACUUCUUAGAAGGAUUGCCCGUAGCUCGAAGAAAUCUGGGAGUUAAUCAUCUUGGGACUCUCACAGCUGAAACCUGGUUCGGGCAUCUCCGCUGGCGCCAAGGAAGGUACUCGGAAGCGCAAGCCAUAUGGGAAGGCGUCACGGCGAAGCACAGAUACGAAGAGACGAAGCGUGGAGAUGGACAGCAUACAGAUCGGCUCCAAGCAAUGUGGUUCUUAGUCCACUGCUUCGAGGAUCAAGGCAAAAUCGAUGAUGCCUUGGAGAUGUGCGAACAGGUCACCCUCCUCGUUCAAGAAUUUGGUGGAGAAGGCCUAGGGCAGAAACAUAAGUUCUGGCAAUACUUGAAGGAGAAGCGCGCAGAGUUGCGGAAUACGAAGCAGAACCAGACCCACGAUGUCGAUGGCAGUGAAGCUCAUUUGUCGACCAAUUCAACGAUGAAUGCCUCUUCGGCGAUAGCGCCCAAGAAACUCGUGAAAGGCUUUACUUUUUAAAAGCCAGAAAGUGCCUGAAUAUUGGUACACCCUACGUGAGCUCGACUUUGAAAUGAACCAGAAUCGCACUUCAACGUCACCUGCUCAAUCUUGAGUUGCAAUAGCUAGCUGUGUUGCGUAACUCGGAAAGGAAAAAAUUAUGAGUCCAAUCGACAUGGAAUGACUUGUGGGACACGAGGACAGAAAAAGUCAUUUCAAUCGGUUGGCGAGGUCAUAUUUUCUGUUUGCCUCUAUUCCCAUAGCUAAACUGCGGGGAUUCUGACAACUUCUGAAGUGGUCUGUGACAUCACGUAGAGUCCAGCCCGACCCGUGUUUGUAUCUUGUUGAUGGAACGUUCCCCCUGGUCUGUUUACGUUCCGGAUUGAUGUACAGUCAGCAUUCAUUAGUAACUAAUUAGUUAUUUGGAACAUGGUACUUCUACCCACUGGCAGAAAGUUAGGUGAGGGUAGGUACCAUGUUCUAAAUACUCAUGAACGUUGACUGUAUGUCCCCCUUCGUUAUCUAUCCUGUUUUUUUGUCGCCUUUUGGCCUAACGCGGGUUCUCUGAACUUCC